GCAUCAUUUCCCAACUGGUCGAGCGGCGCGCACACGAUGGACGAGAUUCUGACGUCGACGUUCUACACCGCUAUAAUCGCGAGCAAGACGGACGAGAGGCUGUCGCCUGAAACUCGAGCAUCCAUCGACGACCUCCAAUCAUACUGCCAUGAACUCAAGUGCUGCAAGCGUCCGGCAGCGUUCGUCAAGUGUCUGAAGGACCUGUUCUUGUUUGAACUGCUCAUGGGUCUCCUGGACAGUCUAUUGCUGCAACCUAGUGAGCAAGCUACGCCAGAGAAGCGAUCCGAGACUGUCAAGAAUGCCCCAGUGGCAAUGGUGCAACCGAGCAUAGACAGAAACAACGGACACUUGUGGAAACCAUUUUACUUGCACUCGAAUGAAAAGAUGUGGAAAAACAAACACGAGAGCACCAACGACGCGCCCCCAGAGAUACCUCGCACUGUCGGCACCAUCCUUGCAACUCACGUGCUACAAUUGUGGCUGGCUCUCGUACAAGCUUGCACCAAGAUGAACGUGUCAGCAUUGUAUUUCGACGAGGUCAAGGGUCACAUUCUGCACCCUCGGUUCUCCGUCAUUAUUGAGCAGUGGUUGUACGACCCAACGCUGGAACACGUAGUUCAACAAUUGGACCUCUGCGCCGCUCUCGUUGCCAUCAUUGUGUACCUGCACAACCAUCCAUUUUUCGACGCCACGUGCUUUCUCCGAUCGGUCGCGGCCGGCAGGUCUCUUCCAAUUCAGACGUGUUUGAGCUCAUUUUUCACGGUCGUGUCGGAGUUUCCACCUGAUCAUCCUGUGUCGAAGACUUUUUCCCAGUUGAUCCUCGAAAUCAAGUUCGUACGAUCGGACAAGGUCACACCAGUCAUCACUGGAGCCUACGAACAAGCGCUUGACCCAAUGAAGUUUGGUUCGCACCAGUUUGACGCCUCAUACUUUGACUGUGUGGGACAAACCACUACUUCGACGACUGUUCUACCCGGCUCGAUGGGCCGGCUGAACCAAGAACUCCUCGUGUUGGCAGAGAAUCUCCCGCUGCACGAAGGCUCUAUGAUUGCAGUCCGUGUCGACGAAACGCAUCCCCACCAUUUGUCGGUGGUUAUCACGGGACCAAGCAACACUCCAUACGAUACUGGUUGCUUUCAUUUCCUCGUCGUCGUGCCGCCCAAUUACCCGCAGGGUCCGCCGGCAGUCCGAUUCAUGACGACAGGAGGAGGGACUGUUCGGUUCAGUCCAAACUUGUACGACUGUGGUAAAGUAUGUCUCUCGCUUCUGGGGACGUGGUCUGGGGACCCGUGGAAUGUUGUUACGUCGACGAUUUUGCAAGUGCUUGUAUCGAUUCAGGGCGCAAUUCUGGGGGCUGAGUUGCCGUAUUUCAACGAGCCUGGUCGGGAGCGGCAGUGGGCUUCGUCCCCAGAUCAACUGCCUCGGGGAGUGCGCACCAAUCCAAAUGGCGGACUAGAACCACUUCGAUUGGCAACCAUUCGAUAUGCGUGGACUGGGGCAAUGAAGAGCCCCCCCGUGGCCUUUGAAGACUUCGUCCGUGAACAUUUUUGGCAGAAACGCCACUGCGUGCUGCGUACGAUGCACAAGUGGCUUGACGAAGGACGGGCAUCUGACUCUCUCCACUACUACGACGAUUUGAUUGCUUGCGUCGCCGAGUGCCUGGACAUUCUAUCGCCGAUGGUUCAGUCGAGAGCAACACAAUUGGAAUGGACGACGUAUUGUCAAGGGUUACCCUUCCAUGCGCCAUCUCCAAUGUCUUGAGUCCAUGUUAAUACCAGUGUGCCAGUGCU